UACCCCCUCCCUUACCCUGCUGAUUUUCUCUAUCUAGAUCUCUUUUUCUCAAUACCUUGUCAUUAUACUGCUUCCUCCAUCAAAUACUUCCCACAUCAAACCCACUUCUCUCUCUACACUUUCUCUCUCUAACCCCCACCCCUCUCCAAAAAGCCCCCAGCUUUCCAUAAUGUCCAUCAACCACUUCACCACAGAGCUUCCAGAGCCACUCUGGUGGGCUCAACACCACCACCCCCAGCUCAACCCGACUCACCCACGCUCUUCUUGGUUUGAUUCUUAUCACAAACCCUACCAGAUGUUCUCUCCGAACAACCCGUCUCUUGCUCUCAAUCUUAACCGCGAAGAAACCGCCGUCAACGAUGAGCAUUUACUCGACCGAGAUGACUCGGAAAAACAUCAAGAACCGGACGAGAUAAUUGAGAAAGAAGCGAUGUUUGAGAAGCCGUUGACGCCGAGUGAUGUGGGUAAGCUGAACCGUCUGGUGAUACCUAAACAGCAUGCUGAGAAGUACUUCCCACUCGGCGGUGACUCGGUGGAUAAGGGGCUGUUACUGAGCUUUGAAGACGAGUUGGGUAAGUGUUGGAGGUUUCGGUAUUCGUAUUGGAAUAGCAGCCAAAGCUAUGUGCUGACGAAGGGGUGGAGUCGGUAUGUUAAGGAGAAACAGCUGGAUGCUGGUGAUGUCGUUUUGUUUGAACGACAUCGUUUGGAUGGUGAGAGAUUGUUCAUAGGGUGGAGAAGAAGAGGAGAGAAUAACAGUCUUAGUAUCAGUAGUAGUGGAGGGAUGGUGCAUGGUAGUAGUGGUGGAGUGUGGAGUAGAGGAUUAUAUGGUCAGCAACAGCUGAACCAGAACCAGAACCAGGCUUAUCAACAUGGCCAUGGUUCUAGUACUUCUCAUCAUGUCCCAUAUCAACCUGACUGUGUUCAUGCAGAAUCAAUUGGGCAGAACCAAACUAUACCACUAGGGAAUUCAAAGCGGUUAAGACUAUUUGGGGUGAACUUGGAGUGCCAGCUAGACGAGUCCGAGCCAUCGACACCGGACGGUUCAUCGAUGUCGAGCCAGGGUCCGAACCAGCAGCAUCAAUUUUACACUUCACAGUACUCUCCUUAUUCAUCUUCAAAUAGCAGUCAAACUCACAUGGAUAUCACUUUCUCACGAGAUGUCAACCAAAUGAGAAAUCGUAGAGGAUAAGAUCUGUGGAUGUGACAUCUUUGGAUUUGACUUAAUUCAACACCCCUCCUCCACUUGGAAAGGUCUAAAAGAUUUUAUCAAAAAAUAUUAUUCUCCAAAAAAAAUAUCAAAAAUAUAUUUAUAUUAUAUAUAGAUACAACCUGAAUAUCAGGUGCAUAUUUGAAGCAUGAAGUGGAAAUAUGGGAGGUAGGUCCCUGAAAAAGGAUAGACAAAAGGGCAAAAUAGUGACAAAAGGUUAAUUUUCCAAAUGGGAUUUUUUUAGUUUUCAAUUCCCACGAGGAAAGAGAUCGAUUUUGAAGACAUAUUCGAACCGAUUUUUUUAGAUAAUUUUUUUAACUAUUUGAAUCGAGUUCGUUUUGGUAGGAAGACGUCGCUCAGUUAACCGUUUCGUGGUUUAAAAAAUAUAUAUUAUGAGGGUUGGGGAUUGAAAUAAAUAAUGGGGGAGGAAUCUAUUUGAGCAAGUGUGGAGAUUCUAGCAGAAGAUUUUGAUGAUGAUGAGAGUAAUGGUGGGAAGGGUAUGGUGGUAGAGUUAUGGGUUUGAAUAGAUUGAUGUAGUAAUUACCACCCACUCCUCUUUUUAUUGUUUCUUCAACAUCAUUCUAUACCAACUUGUAUUUUGAUGCUUUUUGCACAGUUUAAUACCAUGUUUCUCUUCUUUGUA